ACAUAAGAAUAAUAUGUCAUAAAUAUCGCUAGGCGCCAAUUUUGCAUACAUUGUGUUUAAUAUUGUUUUAUAGAUUUUUAUGACUUUGGUGAUUUUUGGCGUCAUGUCCAUGAUUUCGUCUCUUUAAGGCGUUUGAAUAAAUACAUUUAUGUAUAGUUCAUAUACAUACAACUGACUGCUUGGUCUUAAUUUAGAAGUAUGCAGGGAUAGUAAUGUCUGAUUUGUUGGAGGUAGUAUCUUUUGCUGAUGACUUAAAGAACACUACACGAUCUCCUAAUCUUCAGAUCCAUAACAACCAUAAGCGUAUUUUGAGAUCAAAAGAAAACUUAUUUAAACCAAAAUGCAAUAAGGAGUUGAAAAAGAAAUUAAGAAAAUAUAAAUUAAGGCGAGAUGGCGAAGAAGAUCAAGAUGUAUUAGAUGUUUCCCAAAUUUUAGUAAAUUCAUUAAGAAUCAAGUCUCCUAAUAAUUCAGACAAAAUAUAUAAUAAGAAUAAUAAAGUAGAAGAACCAAAACCGAAUAACUAUCUAUUCAAAAUGGUCAGAAAAAGAAAAACUUGUAUACAAAAGGAAACUAACAAUGUAAAUAUUUUACAAAAUGUUGAUGUAUCUCCUAUUUGUUUUGAUGAAGAGUCACAAACUAGUAAACAAAUGGAUGCGUUUAAAUUGUUAAUGGAUUCAAGGAAUAAAAGUAUUGGCAGUAAUUCCCCAGGUAAAGAAAAAAGCACAGAAGAAAAUAAUGCACUUGAAAUUGAAGAUAAAAAAGCUAUGAAGGCUAAAAGAGUUUUGUCACUUCAAAAAAUGGCUGAAAAUAAGGGAGUUUUAAAGAAAAAGGAAAUUGAAGAGUACAGAGAAAAUUGUAUAAAAAAUAAAAUGUUGAAAAGAGCGGAAUUAUUCAAGGAUAUGCUAACCAAAAAUGACAAAAAAGAACAGUCUACACAGUCUAAUAUCUUAGACAAAUCCAAAAAAGAACCCUUAAAAAAUUUUCCUAUUACACCAAACAAUAAGACACUUAAAUUAUGUGAUAUAUUUAGUGACACAAAUACUAUAAUUGAUGAAAGUAAACCACUUGAGACAGUAUCAGAUGAAGACAAUGAAUUCUUAAAAAAAUUGUCACCAUCCAUUAGAAAAAAGGAAAACAUGCUUUGUUAUUUUAAAAAAGUUUCUAAGGAAACAGAAGUAACUUCUGAGAAAUCUGAAGUAAAUUGUUCUGAUGAAAAUACUCAAUCUAUCAUUAAAGUAAAAUUUACACCUAAACGAAAGAAGAAAAUAAAAACAUCCAAGUCUGUUAAUAAUGAUUUGUGCAGUAUUACUGACAGUCUGAGUGCUCAAACAGAACAAUUACCAAUCAGGGAUUCAAAUAACUUGGAUAAUAGUGAACUAAUAGAAAAUAAUGAAAGAAGGAAACGAAAACGAAAUAAAAAAAAUGAAGUCAAUACUCAUAUAAUCACAGAAAACAUAAAGAAUAAUGACAGUAGACCAAAAAGAAAUACUAAAAAGCCUGUAAAAUAUACAGAAGAUGUACAUUGUUUCAGCUCUGAUGAAGAACUACACAUUUUUACACCGAAGAAAAAAAGGAAUAGUGAAAAUUGUUCAAAAACCAAAGUAAUAAAAUAUGUUCAAGAUAUUGAUACAAAAAUUGCAAAGGUUGAACUGCCUGCGAGUGAUAAAGAAAAAAAAUUAACUUUAAAGUUAUCUAAUAAAUCAAAAGAAUUAAGUAAUCAUAUCAAAAAUCCAAGUAAUAAAGUACAAUCUGAAGUGAAGAGAGAAUUAAAAUCUACAAAAAAUAUUAAUGGAAGUAAGAAUUUAAGAAAUGUUAAGGUGAAAAAUGACAAAAAGACAUCAAAGUUGGCUCCAAUAUUCGUUACAAAACCGCAACUUUCACAAGCAGCCCUUGAGGCCAAACAGAGGUUUCUGAAAAGUGGUGUUCCAGAAAAGUUAAAAAAAAGUACUGUACAACAAAUAAACAAUACCACAUUUUUGGAAUACUUUCAGUCUGUUUCACACAUUCAACAGAAUGAUUGUCAUUUUAAUAAUUUUCAAGGAAAAGAUUGGUUCAAACUUACUAGUAACAAUAUUGAGAAAAUAAAUAUAACACACAAUUAUUCAUUCAAAUCACUUAUAACAAUAGACUCAGCUGAAAAUCCUAAUGUUCCUAUUUUAAAACAUAAGCCAGAGAAAGUUUUGAAAUAUAUAAAGAGUGCAUAUCCUAAAUUUCCUGUUUAUCGUACAUAUCAUAAGCUCAGAAGUAAGUGUAAAGGGGAUUUUAAAGAUUUUAAUUAUAUGGAUAUAGAUAAUAGUAUAGAAAUCAUUGAAAAUUGUGCAGAGAUUAAUAAUGACAAUCCAGAUAAACUUAAUUGGUGUGACAAAUAUAAACCCACAUCAUCCAAGCAAAUAAUUGGUAAUUUUGAGAGUGUCAAAGAAUUAAAGAGAUGGCUAGAGACAUGGAGUGAAAAGUUGAUAAAAGAUAAAACUAAUGCUAGUGAUGUUUCUGAUAUGUCUGAUUUCUACUGUUCUGACAUAGAUAGUAGAGAUGCAAUGAGGUCUACAAAUAACAUAAUUAUAGUAACAGGACAAACCGGAUCUGGAAAAACUAGUAGUAUUUAUGCUGUUGCUUCAGAACUAGCUAUAAAAGUCAUAGAAGUAAAUGCUAGUAGUAAGAGAAAUGGUAAAAUAAUGUUACAAGAUCUCCAGGAAGCUACACAGUCUCACAAGGUGAAUAGAGCUAAGAGUGGUAUAGAAAACUCUCAAAAAUUAUCACAAGAAGUACCAACCAUAUUGAAUACCAAAAAACGUGGUAGGCCUAAACGAGCAAUAGAUGUUAAUGCAAAAAAUAAUAGUUCAACACCAACAUGUGAAACCAUAACACAAAUACCUUCAAGUCAGGAAUGUGUCAGAACAGCUAUGUCACUUAUUUUAAUAGAUGAUGCUGACAUAAUUUUUGAUCAAGAUGAUGGAUUUUGUUCAGCUAUUUCUCAAUUAAUUCAAUCUUCUAAAAGACCUGUUAUUUUGGUGACAUCAUCUCCAUCGUGUCCACAUUUACAGAAAUUCUUACAAAAUGGAAAAAUUAUUCAUAUGCGUCCAUUAUUGCCCAGAAUGCUAGGGACAUGGUUGGAUAUUAUGUGCUUAGCUGAUGUAGGAAAGUGUUUUAUGGGACUUGGAGAAAAAGUGUUAGAUUAUUUUAAGGGUGAUAUAAGAAAAACGAUAAAUUGCUUACAGUUUUACAUGAACUCAUUUAAAAAUAAUAGUCAUGUUGAUGAAGGAACUAAUUCACAAAUUAUAUGUAAUAUUGAUGAUGAAAGCUCAAGUAUGUCUUGGGCUGAUACAGAGAGCUUGGAAAGUACACCCUCUAAUGAAUUUCAAUCAAUGUGUAAUAUUGACAAACAAUCACAAUUAUUUUCAUAUAGCUCGCCAAAUGUUUUUGAUGUUUGGUGGAAUUUAACCAGUCAUUUGAGUCUUAUUAAAAAUGAAGACAAUAUGGAAGUACAUUCUAAAAAUUUAGAAAAAAGAAGUGAAAUACAUAGAGUUGUAGACAUUUUAGACACAUUAUGUACAGUAGAUUACAUUGAUAGUAUUAGGCCUGAUACUAGAUCCAACAUAACUUCAACACCAUGGCAUUGUAACGAAACCGCUAGUCUAUUGGAAAGUGAGGACUUCAAUGGUUAUAAUGAAAGUAUUUGUAUUGGUGAAGAAAUUUCAAACAUACUCAUGACGAGAACAAUUUCAAAAGCUCAAAAAGUAUUUAAGACUGAAAGAAGUAAUAAUUACCAAGCUCCCCCUACUAUGAGCUUUUACAGGGAGAGAGACAGGAUAGUGUCUCGACACAUUACCUUAUCUAGUUAUUUAAAUCCUUCUGCAAUAUUAGAUCGAAGAGCGACCGCCUUGGAUUACUGGCCGUCUUGUAGAACGAUAUGUAAAUUAGAAAAGAGCAAAACUGAUUAUAACAUGAAAAGAAACAAUCGAUUUUGUCAUUAUCUUAAAUCACUAAAUAUUCUCUGUAAAAAUGAUUUCUUUGAUAACCUUGCUGAUAGUCUAACCUAACCAAUUUUAUUUUUAACUUACAAUUAAUUAUAUAUAUGUAGUAUAUACAUUUCGUUUAUAACUUAAGCACCUAAUGGAUUUUGUGAAGUUUAAGACAAAAAAAAAUCUUAUAUAUAGGUAAUGUAUGUAAAGUAGAAAUCAGUUUUAGUUAUUUAUUUGUAAUAGUAAAUUGAUUAUAUUUUUAUCAAGACUUUUCGUUAGCUUAAUUAUUUAAUGUACUAUACUAUGAUUUCAUCAGGUAUUUGUUAUUUAUUUGUAAUAUUGUUGAACUAAUAAAUGCUUAUGUCCGUUGUUUAUUAAAUAAUAUUUGAAAGUAAAAAUAACAUGCUACUUCGCGAAAGCAUACUUAGUACAUUUAAAAUAACUUUAUAAUAUUCGUACUAGUUGUAAAUUGACAUAAGGUUCGGUAAUGGUUAUUAUUACUUAUAU